UCAUAUAGCACAGAGGGUUGGAAUAUUUAAUAUUAGAUCCUACUUCAAUUUUACUGACAGAAUCUCAAUUUCAUUCCCCCCGCGAUCAUACAAGGAAGUUGCACAAGUAAAAUUUUGGGUGAGCGCUCCCGCUGGGUGGAUAAAAAAAUCGAUGCCGUAAAAACAUCCUGCUUCAACAGUAGCUAUGACUACGAACGGCAUGUUUAAAAGUGUAUCAGUUCAGUUGUUUACAAAGGAAAACAAACUCUCAUUCAUUCACGUGUCACCCCUGGUGUUGCACAAGGGGAAAAAUGGAAGGUGACAACCUACAAGUUCCUGGAUGGAGAAUUGAGCAACGAUUUAACAACAAAGUCUUGAUUGGUAACUGGAAUGAAGAAAGACGCCGAUUUCAAAGAGGCAAUCAUCCAUUUGGGAAUAGCACACACAGAAUUGAUUUUUCAAAGUAUGGAAAUUAUAUACCAGAUAUGAAAACAAGAAGAGAAGCGUCAAUGCGAAAUGAGGGUUUAGCCAAAAAGUUUAUCUUUUCACAUCACAAUGCAAAUAAUUAUUAUUCAAACAAUCUAAUAUCAUGGUAUGAUCAACAUAUGAACCAAAGAGAAUUACGUGAAUCUACUUUACCAAAAUUGAGAAAGUGGGACGGUAAAGCAAUGUCGUGGGUGCCAGAGAAAACAGAUCAACCCUUACAAGGUCGGCCGACGUUGUUUGGUCUACAUGAGAAAAUGAAAGAAAAAUGGCGGCGAGAAGAAGAACAAGAAUGCUUAAGCGACUUUACUUCAACAUAUAAACAAUCUUUUAACGAGCAUCCUAAAUCAGCAAUGGUGUUUCAGCAUUAUGCUGCUAUGAAACCUUUAUCGAGUCAUUUUCACUCGCAUAAAAUUAACAAAGAUUUACCACUCAGAAAUUUCCAUGUAAACAUUGCACCAGAAUUUCCACCGAUUUGUUCGGAGUAAUAAAUGCACUUUUUUUAUUUUUUUUUAAUAUAUUUUUUUAUAUUUAUAAAUUUUGUGAUUUGAAUAAUUUUUUACCUAUUUUUUGAAUUUUCAGAAAUAGAUUAUGUAUAAUUAAGGAACCAAAUUUUUUUAUAGCUGUAUUCUCUCUUAAAAUAAGAGAAAAAAGGUAACUUCUUGACUCAUCUUUUUGGGGAAAGUUUAAUUUUUGGACCUAUUGCAAAGCAAAAUCCAAAGCUAAGCAUUUAUUUUCAUGCUUGUACGAGUUACAUAACGAAUAUAAUAAUACUAAAGUUUGAGACCUUUAUGUGAUUUCACAUUUUUUGAUCGUGUAAAUUUUGAAAGAAAUUUUGGGUUUAAUAUAUUUGAUAUUUUUUUAAAACAGAUAGAAUAAUAUAAA